UCGCAGUGAGUGCACGGACACGCCCUCCUCAACUGCUUCGACGGUAGACACUUUGCUGAGUGUUGACCAGCAGAAGAAGUGUUCUUCCACUUCUCCUGUCAAUAUAAUCCAGCAAUAUUCGCUAAUUAUGCGGUGCUGAUAGAUCGACCUACCGCACGUGACUGAAAUCAAAACUGCUGGGCAAAGAUGGACCGCAGAAAAUUAUCGACGUCAGGAGACUCGCUGUACCAGGUAUUGGAGCUGCCUAAGACAGCCACUGCCGAUGACAUCAAGAAGACGUACCGGAAGCUGGCUCUCAAGUUUCACCCGGACAAGAACCCUAACAACCCCGAGGCAGCUGAUAAGUUUAAGGAAGUCAAUCGGGCACACAGCAUCCUCAGCGACCUCACCAAGAGGAACAUUUACGACAAUUACGGCUCUCUCGGCCUCUACAUUGCCGAGCAGUUUGGAGAGGAAAAUGUCAAUGCAUACUUCUUGGUUACAUCACCUUGGUGCAAGGCGCUUAUCACCUUUUGCGGCGUCGUCACGGGUUGUUACUUUUGCUGUUGCUGUUUCUGUUGUUUCUGCAACUUCUGCUGCGGAAAGUGCAAGCCGCGACCUCCCGAGGACUCUGGUGACUACCACACCUUGAACCAGAGGGCGCCGACGUCAGGCCCAGAAACUGUUGUGUCUGAGCAACCCAAGUCGAAACAGGAGGACUACAGCGACGUGGAAGAGAAGCAGCAGGCCAAUGCCACCGACGACCCCACCGUCACCUCGCAGCCGAUGGGCGGCGUCGGCGGCGGCAUGCCCCACAUGAACGCCGGCCCCACCGUCUACGCCAUGCCCCCGCCGCCGAGUGCCCCUUCCGAAGCAACUUCCCUCAACCCUGGAGAUAAGGUCACUUACACCCCAGGUACUUAUCCUCAGUGAAGACGCGUGUAGCCCUUGGAGUAGAAGGCAUGUCCGAAAGGGGAUCUCCGGCACACCAGGCUCAGCAGUGGUAAAUUCCGAAACCAAUGCUAGUAUAGAGGCAUCCAAACAAAUUUUACUAUUCGCUUGUUUCCCAGUCUCUAAUUAUUAUUUAUUGUGAUCGUAAAGUUGCAUUUUUUGCAAGAUGCGACCUUGAGUUGUCGGGUGUUUAAAGACCAGGCCAUUUAAUUUAACGACGUUAGUUUUUACUUAGCUGACUCAAUUUUUGAUUGAAUUUUCGCGGCGGACACCUUAUAUCCAUUCCCGUUUGUGAGAUGUCUAACGAGACAUUGCUACUUUGAAAUGUCAAUAGUUAUAUAUAUUUUGGUUUGAAUUAAACUCGUGGUUUUAUUACGGUCGUGUUAAGCACAGACAAAUUUAUGAAAAUAAUCAAGCGAGGCGCUUCCUUGUCCUUGCAAGUUACUGUUGCUACGAUAUCAAAGUAUUACGAAAAUGGUCCGAGUGUUGGUCAAGAGAUGAGGUUUGUUGUUUUUCCUUCCGCGGUCGCCACAGCUGGCGCUGAGGGAAUCGUCCGGUCGCGGUCGGAAGGACAAAGAAAGCGACGCGAUUUCGGUCCACUCUGGUGUGUUUACUGCGGGCGGAGUAUUUUCAAACGAGUUUCAUCGACAGACAUGCAUAAAAUAUAGAAUAAUAAAUAUCAUACUACGGCUAGUUGAAUUAAUAUAUAUAAUUGUUCUCGUGUUUGCACUUACGAACGAAACACCACUCAUCAGUUUGCAGAAGCCUAGCCAUUUUUAUUCUGCCUCGAGAAUGAACAAAAUGUGAUGGUGCUGAUUCGAAUCAUUCAUUGCUCUAGCAGAAUUUAAGUCGUUGAUGUUUUGUUUCUCUUUGGCGAAUGAAACCCCACUUGAAAAUGCCCCGCACUCUCUUUUCUCUAUAAGUCGCUGUAGGUUUCGAUUAUAAAUACUGUGUAAUAUAUCCGAUAUAUAUAUCACGUCUCACAGGUUCAAAUCAUUCAUGAAAUUUCAAUAUAAACCUAAUUAUUGUUGACAAAGCUGAGAUAUUACCUACAAAUAUUUAAAGCUGAUGUGUAAAAUGCACUCUACUGUAACUACGAAUAAAAUUGAGAAAUUCAAUUAA